AUGUCUGACUCGAGCGCCACAGACCUCGCAGCCACCAUCAUCGCAGCGGCCGCUCUUUCCAUAUCGUCAAUCGCCCUAUUGAUCGCCAUCGGUCAAAUUACUCAACAGUAUAUCUCCACAGCAGAAGGCUACCGGCGAUGUCAAUCCCCCGUAAUGGGCGCGUGGGCCCAAGGGACCAGAAAGCGCUUCAUCCCGCGAGAAGUGCGAUUUCAAACCGUCUACCAGAGUCCGCAUCUCUCGUUGGAAUCACCGACCGGACUGCCUGAGGGGAAGUAUUUCGUCGGUAGCGACAAGCUGCCAAACCAGCAACGAUAUCUUGAAUAUCGAAAAUCUCAUAAAUGGCGAUUUCUGCUCGAUCGGAGACAUGACAGCUCUCCUCCUAGCCUAAGGGCGUCGUGGCUGGGGCUUUUGGAACAGUUAAGGGUAUACCAAGGUGCUGUUUAUGGGAGUCUGGCGUCACAGAAACUCGGGCUAGGAAACGAGAAGAAGGGGACGGCAGAUGUUGAGGCGAGGAUAUGGGACCUGAGUUCCUCCAACCUGAACGCAUGGUUCACAGCACUGAAGACUGAUUCGCAAUCCGAGUGGAUGACACUUCCAGCGGUCGAAGUGACCGAGUUCGCAUGGGACUUCAUGCCGCCUGAAGCCCUACGCCCCUUCGCCAGCAUCUCUCUAGGCGAUCUACUCGCUAUUGGCCAUCGGAUCGGCCUAGACUGGACGGCAGUUGACCCUCUACAGGGGAUUCUCCAGGCACAGGAUGACAACGGCAACAUCAUCAGCUCCAGUGACAUCCGUGGCCUAGGCACUUUGAUCACAUUCUUCCACGACGAACGGGAUCGUGGAAACCAAUCUGCCUAUACAAACGCAUUUAUGCCCAUUCCCACCACAGCUGCCGACAAACUGGCCUUCGGCAUCAUCCCCGGCGAUCAGCGGCUUGGGUUGAAUGACGUCCUGGCUACCACAGACUCAGAUUGUCUAGAUUACAUAGCCUCGCUAGACCCAGAGGCGCGACGAAUAAUGAACAAUAGUUUCAAGACACCCGACCCUCACAAAACCGGCUUCGACCAGCUCAUGUCCUUGAUCUCGCCGUGUCUUCUCCUGCCUAACUGCCGACUGAUCCGCGUGCGACUGCCACAUCGCACAGCCGUAUAUGGCGCCCUCUACGUAAUGGAAGCCUAUGUAGUAUUCCGGGAGCGCGUGAAGGAGAUAAUAGCCAGCACCAGCAUCAGCGCCGCAUCCCCAGACCUACAAGACAACGCCAAAUGGAUCUGGGAUCGAUGGCAAGAGAUCGCCAACGAGAUCCACGGCGCCUUCGAGCCAGCCAUCAUAGUCGAAAAAGCCGAUCCCGUCAUCCUCGCCGCUACGAUGUCUCGAGUCCACAACCAAUGUACUGCGCGACUAGAGGUCUGGACCAAGACAUUCCUGCAGGAUAUCGACGACGUCUUGGAACAAGUCGAAUCGAACUACCGCCCUUCUCCGGACCGUCAACCAGUCCGGGAACUUGUGCGCGUGCACAUGCUCCAAGCCAACAAGAUCUGGGGUUCAGCGACCGAUCAUAUCGCCCAGGGAAAGGCGGCGAAAAUGUACGGUCUUGAGAAGAUGGGCUGGCCGGAGGGGCCGAUUUACUGCCAAAUGAUAAACCAUCAACUCGACAACGCUCCCCCCAUUGCAAAGGAAGUCGUCCGCCGCGUCAUCAGUCCCAGCCGCAUUCACCAGAUCGAAACCUCCCCUUUGAGACCAAAGAUCCAGGACUUUGAAGAGAGCGUGAAAGCAGCCUGGUAUAUCUUGAACUUUCGUGCGCUUAUCUUCAAUCGCUCGCAUAUCUUCCAGAACCCGGCGCGUGCAGGUGGAAGACCGUAUAAGUUGAUCCCGGCGGAAUGGUGUAAUAGUAAGAUGCCGAUUUAUAUUGGAUAG